GACGGCCGAGAGAGACAGACAGACAGACAGACAGACCGAGUCGAUGGAGGGAGUGCUGCACAAAUGGACCAACUACUUGAGUGGUUGGCAGCCCCGGUACUUCGUGCUCCACGGCACCAUCUUCUCGUACUACGACUCGCAAGAGGACGUCGGCAAAGGGAGCAAAGGGAGCAUCAAGAUGGCCGUGUGCGAGAUAAAAGUCCACAUGGCGGACAACACCCGGAUCGACCUGGUUAUCCCGGGGGAGCAGUAUUUCUACCUGAAGGCUGUCAACGCUGCGGAGAGGCAGAAGUGGUUGGUGGCGCUGGGCAGCGCCAAGGCCUGCCUGGCAGACGUCAGGACCAAAAAGGAGAGAGAUAUCAGCGAGAACGACGAUUGCUUGAAAUCCAAAAUGUCUGAGCUGCGGCUGUAUUGUGACUUGCUGAUGCAGCAGGUACAUAAGAUCCAGGAGUCCGCACACCCCAUGGAGUGUGGUUCCACUCCCGACGUUGAGAAAAUGAACGAAGCGUCCUCGUUGCUUAAAGCCACGUGCAAUACCUUCAUAAACACCCUGGAGGACUGUAUGAAGAUAGCAAGUGUCAAGAUCGCCCCAGAGCUUCUCACACCCCCGGAAUCCACGGUUGUCCAUGUUACCUCCACGCCGCUUCGCAGGGUCCGACGUUCCGUGAGUCACACCGGUGUCGCGCCUGACAGGAACGCCGAACUGAACCAAGAGCAGAAGGGAUCGGUCACGGUCAUGAGAAACCUGGAGCAAAUGGCCGCGCACAGGGCAACCCGGUGGCUAAGGCAGACGGAGGAAAACGAGAGGGCGGACGCUGUUCGUGAGACGGAGCCGGCGAAUCCAACGCAGAAUGCCCAGAAGGUUAAAGACUAGACUUUGUGGCCAGCGUCGACUGGGAAUUGCGGAGGAAAUUGCCCUCAACUCCCAGAGAGAAAUUGGGUCAGGAGAAGCCAAUCGAAUGUGAUUUUUUUUACACACACACACAUAUAUAUAUAUAUACGUUGAGGAAGAUGCUGACGACACAAAGGCAACCCAUUCUUUGCUGCCAUCAGGAACAUAACCAGAAUUGGGUCCCUUUGCACAAUCAAAUUCCAGGGGGAAAUUCAGGAUGACAGAGACGGGAUGAGAUCUCGGCAACUCGUUCAUCUUGGAACCCGUACGAGGUCUCCACUGACCCGCUCGCGGUCAGUAACGAACCGCACCGGAGUUCCUUGUGUUUUACAAGA